UCCCACUCCUCCACCUCCAACUUGCGUUCGCACUAUAUAUAAACAGUAUUUGCCUGUCUAUCACUAAUCCGCCUCAUUCCCAGUUCCCAGCUGGUGUUUGUUCCUCAGCACUACCACAGUCGCCGUCUGUGACACUCUGCAAACCAUGGCUGUGUUUACGGCAUGAGAACAUGAGAGGUAUGAACAGGAGCACCAGGUGAGAGGCUGGACACUAAGAAGUGAAGGAAAUUCAAAUGGCUGAACUCAAUCGUGAGUUCAACCUGCUGUGAUAAAGAAGCAAACGGAUCAGAAAAACAGUGGAGUACAACAAUGGAGGAAAACUCUGAGAAACCUGCAAAAACUGAACCGAGUCCUACACACAGUCCAGCACCCAGCCCAGCACCCAGCCCACUGCUGGAGAGAAUCACUCUUCCUACUGCAAAUCAUGUUGAGCAUCUCAACGUGAACCAGUUCCAGGUGGUGGUGCGGCGUUGCUCGACUCCAAAUGUAACAGAGGAGACGACCUAUUUUAUCCCUCGCCACCCUGUGGUGGAUGCUGGCACCAACACAGACCCACCAGUGGUCUGUUGCCCGCUGCUUCGCAAGUUUUGCCCAUGUCCGCCACGAGGCCUUCUAGCCUCUCUCAUUACCAAAGUUCUUUUGGCAGCUGUACUCUUUGGGGUGAUUGUGUCCAUCACAGAGGAAGAAUGUCUUCCUGGAGGGAAUCUGUUUGGCAUCACCGUAGUCUUUCUCUGUGCGAUCGUCGGUGGCAAAGCAGUUGCCCUCAUCCAGCUGCCUACACUUCCACCAUUUCCACCACUCCUUGGUAUGCUGCUGAUGGGCUUCCUGCUGAGAAACAUCCCAGUUGUAACAGAUUCGGUGUACAUUAACUUCAGAUGGUCUGCUUCUCUGAGAAACAUUGCUCUGGCUGUCAUCCUGGCCAGAGCUGGCCUGGGGUUGGAUCCCAAGGCUCUGAGGAAGCUCAAAACUGUGUGUAUACGUGUAGCAGCUGGGCCCUGCCUGAUCGAAGCCAGCACUGCUGCUCUCAUCUCUCACUUCGUCAUGGGCUUGCCCUGGAAGUGGGGCUUUGUUCUUGGCUUUGUUCUGAGCGCUGUGUCCCCGGCCGUGGUGGUGCCCUCGAUGCUUCGGCUGCAGAAGGACGGAUACGGCGUGGAAAAGGGCAUCCCCACCCUGCUGAUGGCGGCUGGAAGUUUUGAUGACAUUCUCUCCAUCACAGGGUUCACCACAUGCUUGGGCAUGGCCUUCGCAGAAGGAUCCACUCUGUAUAAUCUCCUGCGAGGCGUCCUGGAGGUUGGAGGAGGGAUGGUUGUUGGGAUCCUCCUUGGCUUCCUUAUUCAGUACUUUCCAAGUGUCGACCAGAAACACCUGGUGAUGAAGCGCUCCUUCUUGGUGCUGGGUCUGUCUGUCUUUGCUGUGUUCGGCAGCAACAUGGCAGGGUUUCCAGGCUCGGGGGGCCUCUGCACCCUGGUGUUAUCUUUCCUGGCUGGACUUGGCUGGGGGGAAGAAAAGGCCCGUGUGGGGGAAGUGAUUAGUUGGGCUUGGGACGUGUUUCAGCCUCUGCUGUUUGGACUGAUAGGAGCUGAGAUUCGAGUCAUUGAGCUGGAGGGACUUACAGUUGGUCUGGGUAUAUCCACCAUACUCAUUGCUGUUAUGGUUAGAGUGCUGUUCACUUUUGUGUGUGUGUUACACGCGGGCUUCAACUUAAAAGAAAAAGUGUUCAUAGCUCUUGCAUGGACGCCCAAAGCAACAGUGCAGGCAGCAAUAGGCUCCACGGCUUUAGACAUGGCCAGAGCAAAGGCUAACAAGGAGCAGAUGAAGUACGGCAUGGACGUGCUGACUGUGGCCGUGCUCGCCAUCCUACUUACGGCCCCGGUAGUGUCUUUGAUUAUUGGGAUCUUGGGGCCUCGCCUGCUGCAGGGACCGAAGACCCCCACCUGUGGUGAGCGAGUCAAACCCAGUUUAUCAGCAUUUUUCUUAGGCACCGAGGCAGGAAGUGAAGAUGACACCGAAACUCCUGUCACCUUCGAGAGUACACUCUGACAUCUUGAUCUAAUAGAGACCUUGAUUGUCAGUUGUUUCAGCUGCUCUUUAGCCACUGAGUGGCUCUCUUGUUGCUCAAAUCAGCCUGUAUUUAUAGCAGCAGGUGGUUUCCAGGCACUGAACACCAAACACAUUUCCCUUGCCCUGCUGUGUGCAUUCAUGCUCUAUGAACUUUACACCAGAGCUGCUUUAGUGUCGAGCUUAAACUGAACAUUUAUUUAGAUAUUCUGUAAUUAGCAUGAGGCAAUUAAACAGCAAUUUACAUUUUUUGUAAAUUGGUAAUGUUUUUGUCAUAUUCCAAGUAUCCAGUGGUUCUAGUCCCUAUUUUCAGCAAACAGUACUUAAACUCAAAUGGUAGUGCUUAACAUAAGGAUGUGUUUUACAAACUGGUGAGAUGGUGUGUGAUUGAAUGAUUGAAUGGAUUUUUAGAGGAAGCCAUCCAGAAUCUAUUUUUAAAUCUUUUUAUUUUAAUGCUGCAUGUUUAUGAUGUUUUUUUUUUAUGUUUGUCAUUAGUGUGUGUGUGGAUAAUUUUUGAUUUAGCUUACAACUCAGGAGAUCUAGAUGUCCCACUUUAUUUAGAUCUAUACAGAAUGCUGCUUACAUUCUGACAGACUCAACCUCAUGCACUGUGGUAUAAAAUCCCACAUCAACUUUUGAAGUUUAUCUUGAACUUUAAUGUGAUUGUAUUUUUUUAGAGAUUAUGAACAAAUUUUAUAUGACGGUUAAGUGUUAGUUUGUUUUUUUUACUACAGAAAUAUGCAGUGUGCUGUUUUUAAUUUGUUUACAUUUUUAUUAUGUAAAUGAAAAGAUUACAAAGACACUAUUUAUGAUGAAUUUGUAGUAUUAGAUUUUUACCAAAUAAAUAAUCACAUUUUCACAAAAUUGUCUUUUUUAUUUAUACAUAUAACCAAAAAAUAUAGCUAAA